AUGCCAUCUUACCAAAACAUCGUGCCACAAACCACCUUUACCAUCUGCAAUCAACCACCACACGGCAACAUUCCAUCUACCAUCUCAUCACGACAUACUAAACCAUCUUCACCACCGCACUUACCACCAUACUUACCACCACCACAGUUGUACGGCCCACUUUGUGAGGGAAGGGACCAAUUAAUGAUCCCCUUCAUUUGCUUGAUGCCAUCUUUCGACAUGGGACUUCCACCCCCCUCAGGAAAAACCGCAGUACUAGUUUGGUCCCACCGUCCACCAUCCAUGUAUAGCCACCGUCAUGUCGAGCCGUUGCUUGUCGAGCCGCCGCCGCUGAACUCCAUUGUCGAGCCACCGUCAUGUCGAGCCGCUGUUGUCGAGCCGCUGCCGUCGUGUCUCACCACUGAGCCCAUGUCGAGCCGCUUGAACCAGUACAACGCCACGAGUCGUCUACGUUGUCAUCAGAUUCCUGGACCUUUCAAAAGACACAUAAAAUAUAGGAAUGAGAUAUCCUCGACAGCCUAUUCUAGUGAAGCCACAGAACAUGCUGCUGAGGGAACCGGAACAUGGUCGAUAGAUUGA